AUGUCGACCCGCACCACACUCUUGGUUGUUCUCUCUCUUCUCGCCGUGAUCAUCUCCGUCGCAUCGGCAGCAGGGUUGCGCAGCGGCACAGAAGUCGGCGGGUUCAAGCCGAUCGAAAACUUAGGUGAUCCUUACGUUCAAGACAUCGCAAAAUUCGCGGUUAAAGAACAUAAUGAGCAAGAGGAUUCUCAUCUCGGAAUUGAGAAAAUCGUAAAGGGUGAAGAACAGGUUGUCGCAGGUAAAAAUUACCGGCUUACGAUCGCGGCUAAUGAUUCUCAUUACUACGAGACGGUUGUUUAUGAUAAGCCAUGGGCAAAGUUUAGGAGUCUUACUUAUUUUAGGUCUGUUAGCCUUGUUUAA